CAAUCAAACAAAAAAACUCACUCCACAAAUCAGUCAUUAGGCUCUGUUUGUUUCUGACAAACGGAGACCAAUUUCAAUGGCGUCGAAGACAAACGGCCAAGGCACGGAAACCGAGAAGCCAAACGUCGAGUCGUCCGAGGAAAGAUGUUCGGUUGAGGAGGUAGCUCUGGUGGUGCCGGAGACGGACGACCCGUCGCUGCCGGUGCUGACUUUCCGGGCCUGGGUAUUGGGCCUGGGCUCGUGCGUUCUGCUCAUAUUUCUCAACACCUUCUUCACGUACCGCACACAGCCGUUGACGAUCUCCGCCAUUCUCAUGCAAAUCUCGGUGCUCCCCAUCGGGAAGUUCAUGGCGGCCACGCUUCCGACGAAGGAGUACAGCCUUUUGGGCCGGAGGUUCAGCCUCAACCCAGGCCCAUUCAACAUGAAGGAACACGUCAUCAUCACCAUAUUUGCCAAUUGUGGUGUGUCGUUUGGCGGCGGAGAUGCGUACUCCAUCGGCGCCAUUACGGUUAUGAAAGCGUAUUACAAGCAGAGCGUAAACUUUCUCUGCGCUCUUCUCAUCGUUUUGACUACUCAGAUAUUGGGUUAUGGAUGGGCUGGAAUGCUCAGGAGGUACCUGGUUGAUCCUGUUGAAAUGUGGUGGCCUGCAAACCUGGCACAGGUUUCUCUGUUUAGAGCACUCCAUGAAAAGGAGGACAAGAAAAAAGGCAUGACAAGAAUGAAAUUUUUCCUCAUUGCCAUGGGAGCAAGCUUUGCAUACUAUGCACUCCCUGGUUAUCUCUUCCCAAUAUUGACAUUCUUCUCAUGGGUUUGCUGGGCUUGGCCACACAGUGUAACUGCCCAGCAGAUUGGCUCAGGUUAUCAUGGACUUGGGAUUGGUGCCUUCACCUUAGAUUGGGCUGGGAUUUCAGCUUAUCAUGGAAGCCCACUUGUCACACCCUUCUCUUCAAUUCUCAAUGUUGGAGUUGGCUUUGUUAUGUUCAUCUACAUUAUUGUUCCUCUUUGUUACUGGAAGUUCAAUACCUUUGAUUCUAGGAACUUCCCUAUAUUCUCCAAUCAGCUCUUUACUAAAACUGGCCAUAAAUACGAUACGACCAAGAUCUUGACACCGCAGUUCGAUCUUAACGUCGAUGCUUAUAAUAGUUACAGCAAGCUCUAUCUUAGCCCGCUUUUCGCGCUAUCCAUUGGGUCAGGGUUCGCAAGGUUUACAGCAACUCUCACUCAUGUGGCACUCUUUCAUGGCAGUGACAUUUUAAAGCAGAGUCGAUCGGCGUUGAAGAACGCGAAGCUUGACAUCCAUGCAAAGCUAAUGAAAAGUUAUAAGCAAGUGCCUGAGUGGUGGUUCCUCAUCUUGUUAAUUGGAAGCAUUGUCCUGUCAUUAAUGAUGUCUUUUGUGUGGAAAGAAGAUGUGCAGCUGCCUUGGUGGGGAAUGUUAUUUGCUUUUGCCUUGGCUUGGCUUGUCACUCUCCCAAUUGGGGUCAUUCAAGCAACCACCAAUCAGCAACCAGGAUAUGACAUAAUAGCACAGUUCAUUAUUGGGUAUGUCCUACCAGGGAAACCCAUUGCAAACUUGCUUUUCAAAAUCUAUGGACGAAUCAGCACUAUCCAUGCUCUCUCUUUCUUGUCUGAUCUCAAACUUGGCCAUUACAUGAAAAUUCCGCCGCGGUGCAUGUACACAGCACAGCUCGUGGGAACUAUUGUUGCUGGCACAGUCAACCUUGCAGUGGCAUGGUGGAUGCUGGAAAGCAUUGACGACAUAUGCGACGUCGAAGGUCUUCACCCCGACAGUCCAUGGACUUGUCCCAAGUACCGAGUCACCUUCGACGCUUCUGUCAUAUGGGGCCUGAUUGGACCAAAGCGGCUGUUUGGACCAGGAGGAUUGUAUCGAAACUUGGUGUGGCUAUUCCUCAUUGGAGCUGUCCUGCCGGUUCCUAUCUGGUUGCUGAGCAAAAUGUUCCCAGAAAAGAAAUGGAUUCCCUUGAUAAACAUACCAGUUAUAUCCUAUGGCUUUGCAGGAAUGUCUCCCGCAACUCCCACCCAUAGCGAGUUCAACAUAGCGAGCUGGCUUAUCACCGGAACCAUCUUCAACUACUUUGUUUUCCGAUACCACAAACGAUGGUGGCAGAAAUAUAACUAUGUUCUAUCCGCAGCAUUGGAUGCUGGAACUGCAUUCAUGGCUGUCCUGCUGUUUUUCGCCUUGCAGAACGAGAACAAAAAUCUGAAGUGGUGGGGCACUUCCCUUGAUCACUGUCCCUUGGCAACAUGCCCGACUGCACCGGGUAUUAAGGUUGAUGGAUGUCCAGUUUUCUGAAGCUGAAAACAAGUAGGAAAUGAUGUGGCCAUGACUAGGGAAGAAGAGAAGAAAUAAAAAAUGUGUUGAAUUGGCAGUUGACUAUAAUUUUCUUGCUUCUUCUCUCUGAAAGAGAAGGAAAAAACAAAAAAAAAGGGUCUCCCCACUAAUGCUUCAGGAUAGAAUUAGUUAUUUAAGUGCAAUCUGUGGCCGACUAAUAAUAAUCUGUACCGACUACAAUUUACAAAAUGUGCAUUGUAAAAUGCAAAGGCAGUAAAUAAAUGAGCAACCUCUUUCAUUUU